AUGAAAAAUAUUGGUCCAAAAACAACGGAAGUAGAUAGAAAAAAUAACGUGGGAAAGAGAACCCUACAACAUGCUUCUAUAAAACGAAAAAAGUGGUUAUCUGCUAGUAUUUCGAGCUCCAUUUCUGCAGCUUCUACUAUUACAUUAGCUGACACGGAUAAUUCAGACUAUGAAACAAUGUAUAGCUACUACAUAGCUGAAUGUUUAAAAGAUCAAGAAGAAAAAGAAAACGUGGAACCUACAGAGAUUCCAUUUGGCCUAAGUGAUAUUGAAUAUUUUAAUGAGGUUGUCAAAAAUGUGAAUUAA